AUGUCUGAAGCUCACAAUCCGCCUCUCAAUUACGAACCAUCCGCAACCACAACCCAUCGGAUUGCCUCAUCAACCCUGCCUCCGGAAGUAACACAAUGCCUCCAGAACUCUCGAUUCCUCCAUCUGGCGACCAUAUCGGCCACCGAAAGCUCUCAACCGACGCCGCACGUCUCGCUGAUGAACUACACCUUUCUCCCCUCCUAUAAAGAACAUGGCCCUGUUAUCAUCAUGACCACCAAUGCUCAAUCAAUCAAGGCGCGGAAUCUGCUGCACAACCCCAAGGUCUCCCUUUUGGUCCAUGACUGGGUUUCACAUCGGCCGCCCACUGCAACUUCCGUUUCCGGUGCUCGAUCGGGAAGCCCGCCUGGAGCGCCUACGCGAUCAAGUCUGGCCAGCCUGCUGAUGAACCUCAAUACUUCGGCGCUGAGUUCCAUAUCUACCACCAUCGCGGGCGAAGCCAGGUUUCUGGAGCAGGGAAGUGAGGAGGAGAAAUGGUGCAAAGAAGCACAUCUAGCCAACAACACGUUCGGAGACCAAGUCAGACAAGAGGCCGGGCUGUUCGGAGAACCACCGAAUCUCGAAGAAAACAGUAGUUCUUACAUUGCAGGCGACGAUGUGCGGGUCGUGCUGGUACCGGUCCGCGAAGGACGGAUAGCGGAUUGGAAGGGAGGGGUUAAGGAUUGGAUCUUGGUCGACGAAGAUUCACCAUCCACUGUUGCAGAUGGUGAAAGAGGUCGAAGCAAUGGUCAACCUCUGGUGAAUGGGAUUAUUGACUAA